UGUCCCUGUUCGCUUGGGUUUGGGUGUUGUUUGUGCGUAGACCUUUCAAAAACCUCACAACCCAGGGAUCCGUUAGCGUCGUAGGAGCACCGCCCAUUUUCUCUCUCUCUCUCCAUUUCGCCAGUCCUCUGAAAAAGGAAUAAUUUGGCUUUAAAUCUUUGCUUCCUUCGAGCAGGAUUCGUUAUUUGAGGAUAAGCAUUUGCUUUGAAAAGGUAGGAAACAAUUUGGAGUCUCGUCUUUCUUCAAGUUGACAGCAAACUAAAUCAGAAUGGCUUUAGAAGGCUGCGCCAAGAUCGUUAAGAUCCUCAUGUUCAUCUUCAACUUUAUCUUCUUUGUCGCUGGUAUUGUUGUGCUCGCGGUCGGCAUCUACGUCAAUGUCGUCGAUGGUGACUUUGCCCAGAUCCUCCCCAGCUUCUCCUACCUGAGCGCAGGCAACCUCCUGAUCGCAUGCGGAGUCAUCGUCCUCGUCGUCGGUUUCCUCGGAUGCUGUGGUGCCAUCAAGGAAAGCGCAUGCAUGCUCCUCAUUUUCUUCUUCCUGCUCCUCCUGAUCCUGAUCCUCGAGAUUGCUGCCGGUGCUCUCGCCUUCACCUACAGGAGCCAGGUCAAGGGAUUCGUCAUUAAGGACCUUACUGCUGGACUCUCACAAUACAACAAGUCCCAGUCUCUCACCAAGGCCUGGGAUGUCCUGCAGUCUGAGCUCAAAUGCUGCGGUGUGAACGGCUCUUCAGAUUGGACGACUACUCCCAACGUUACUUUGAAUGGUGCAAGGUUCCCUGACUCCUGUUGUGAUCCCGCUUUCGAGAAAGGUUGUGCAGCAACGGGAACGGCAUGGAUGGAGGGCUGCCAACCUAAGCUGACGAUGAAACUCGAGGAUAACAUCUACAUCGUUGGAGCCAUCGGAAUUGCAUUCGGUCUAAUUCAGAUCCUUGGUCUGGUGUUUUCUAUGUGCCUCUUCUGCUCCCUAAGGGAUGGAACCAAAGCAUAAGAUGGGAUACCAGUCUGUUUAGAUUUAAAGGGAUACAUCACAUUUUGCAUGAUUUGUAAUACAAAAUAAUACGUAAAACACAAAUAACCUAAGCGUACAAAGGGACAGAAGGGUUUUAUAUUGAAGUCUUGUUUGGUGUUUUUUUAACUUACUGGUUUACAAUAUUUUUGUGAGAUAUGGUAUUUAAGUUAUUAAAAUGAAGUAUUUUAUUUCUUUUUAACCUUGCCCAUAUUGAUAAUGAAAUAUGAGAUUUUAAAGUAAUGUUUAACCUUGUUGCUGUGAAUUUUAUUGACCGAAUGAAUGUCUUGUGCCAAGCAUGCUACUGCCAUGAGGAGAUCAUGUGAUCACCAUGGGGUGAACAUGUGUUCACCAUGUGAUGAACAUGUGAACACCAUGGUGUGAACAUGUGAUCACCAUGGAGUGUACAUGUGAUGAACAUGUGCUCUAUGUCUGAAAGUCAUGUCAAGAACAUGUCAGUAGCAUUCCAUCGUACACAUUCACCGUUGUAACAUUUCACCUUUGACAUGUGACUCUAAUUCACCUUUAGGAUGUAGUGAUUUUUUCAAAACUACUUUUUACUAAAAGUCAACUUAAUCAUGUUUUCCCUUCAUUUUAUUCUUAUAGGAAAUAUCUAUUUUCAUACCCUAUUUUCUUUUGUCUUCCCUUAGUUGGCCAAUUUCUGCACCCACAUUGUUCUUUUACCUCAUAUAUUUGCAGGGUAGGAAAAAAAAUGCAAUAUUAAAUGUAAGGAAAUAAAUGACUGAUUUUUUUUGUUCAACAACACCCUCCCUUUAUCCACAAACAAAAUUGUAAAUAUUCAGUUUCAAGAGAAGAAAAUGUCGCUUGGAGCUUCAAGUUGUAAAUAUUUACAGACACAGACGCGUCAAUUUUGGGGAAAAAAGUAAACUGCUAUGGUAUUUUUAGAUUUGUACUUAAUAAAAAUAAAAAGAUCUUUUUCACCGCUUUCGGUAGGUUAUACACAGAUUGCAAUUCUGGAAAUUCCAUUUCGUCUUUCUUCCCUGAACGGAUGCAAAUUUUUCUCAUUCUAUUUUCUAUUCACGAAGACUUGCAACGAAAUGAGGCUGAAAUCCUCGAUCUUUAUCUUGUCAGGGAAACACUAAACUUGCCUUUUGGUAGUUAUUUUUUAGACACGGGUUAUAGAAAUCGAAACUAAAAUCUUUCAACAUAUCGGAGCUGAAAAAGAUGGAUUUAUAAGAGGCUGUAUCUUUUGUAUAAAUGUAUUUUCUAUGUUGAUUUUAUUCAUGUGGUAAGGUAGAUUUUAGCUGUCUUCUCGUUGUGAAUGUGUAGUUGCCUAUGUGAUAGAAACGCCAUUAUAUAGUUCUAAUAACUUUUCUUGGAUCAAUGCGAUCCGUAGAAGAGAUAUUCGUUCAAGACUAGACUGAUUUGUUAGUAGUAAAUAGUUGAUUGCUUUUUCGUGCUAAUGAUGGUAAUAGAGGGAACUUGAAACGGUUCCCAAGCAAAUUGUUACUAGAGGUAUGAUAAUCAAGCUAUCAGUUCAUAUAUGUAUCAAAUUCCAAUUUGUGAAUUUCAUAGACAAAUCAGUCUUUCUCCUGAGGAAUUUGUCACAGAAUUUUUACACUUUUUCACAGUUUUUUUUCCACGAAUGUUUGAUACGGGAGCAUCGGUUUUCAUAAUUAUGUAUGUAGUGAUACAGGAUAGCAUACGAGUUAUGUCAUUAUGUAGAGCAUACUUUUGCAUGUACAUCUUGCUAGUUAUAAUAUGUAUUUUGUUAGGGAAGUAUGGUGUUUUAUGAAAUUUAUUUCUUCUUUCUGUAUUAAAAUUCAUCUUGUAGAGAAAAAAAAACA